UUGCGCCAAAGUGAAUCAGACGUGAUUGCUACGUACAACAUUUACCGUUGACUAAAAAGUCUGUGUGUCAGUGUUUGUUUUGUGUUAUACCGCUUGCGUUCGCUCCAUCCCCCGCACAGCACAAACAUUCGAGUGGAAAAUUUUCAAUAUACAUUUUCAAGGCGGUAUCAACCGAUUUGUUAUAAAUUUUGUAUAUUGUUUGGCUUAUUGCGUAGCAAAAGUGUGUGCUUAUUGAUUGGCCAGAGGCUGGCCUAAAUUCCUGUCGACCGUUUAGACCGAUCUUUCUUGGAUGGGUGUAAAGCGUAGUAUGCAAGUGAACUGGUGCAGCAACAAGGACUGUUUGGGUCUACGUAAGCGUGUCUGCGGACUGCAUCAAACCUGGAAGUGGCUCCAUCAGACGCCCGCCCUGCACGAAUACCUCAUCUCCGCUAGCUCUGUGGCAGCAGAUACUCAAAUCCCAACCAGCGCGCUCUAAAGUCCAAAAUAACAAUCGGCCAAAAACAACAGCAAAAAAUAUAUAAAAAGCAAUAAACCAAAAGGAGAAAUACGACAAGCAGCGUGCUGAACAACAAAAAAAAAGUAACAAAGAAAAAAAUAAGCUAAAAUAGAACCGCUACAGAUAAUAAUUAAUACGCACACACCUAGGCAUAAUAGACAAGCAUAUAGACUUUUAAAUUCAAUCUAACCUAACAAAAAGAAGCAGCACCGCGGCAGUUAAAAAGUGACCAAAAAAAAAAACAACAUAUCAAUUAGCGACUGACUCUGCCGAUGACCUUGUUUUUGUAACAACGAA